AAAUAGUUACUCCACAACACACAAUUUUAGUUAAAUUUUCAAAACUUCAAUUUUACAAAGUUUGCUUGUUUACCUAAACCUAUAUUUUAUACGUUUGAAAAAGUACUAAAAGAGUACAAUAUUAACGUCCUAUAGAAGAAUAAGAAAGUAAAAACUUUGAAGUAAAAUAGUUACGUUUUAACUUAUAAAUAACUAGAAAAAAUGCUUGAAACAGAAGAAGUUGAUGUAGAUUACUUCACUCCAGCUUCUAGUACAUCCUUAUCUAAAAUAUUUAGUAACACUUCACAAACAGAAGAUGGACAAGAAAAUAGCUCUUUAAAGUAUAUACCUCCAUUACCAACUCAAGUUCCACCAAAACCCGAAGAUGAAAAGCCUACACAAUGUGUGUUAUAUGUGAUGACCGUAAAUGCUUAUGAAUGGCUCAAAAACUCCUAUGUAUCUAAAGAAAGAAUAGGUUUAACAAUAAUAAAAAUUAAUAAAAGUGGGCUUCAUAACAUUAUACUUUAUGACUCUAAUAAGACAAUUUUAUCAUGUUUGACGCUAACUACUAGUACAGAAAUAAAUAUAAAGGAAAAUGUUAGCAUUUCAUUCUAUGACAAUAAACAGAAAUAUUGGAGUAUUUAUACAAAUUCACAUGAAAUAAAUAAAAUCUUAGAUAUUCUAAAAGGAUUAAAUGUAUGCCUCAAAUAUCCCACAGAGGCUGAAAGUGACUUUUCUAAAAAGGAUGAUCUUGACAACACUAUUAGACAAAGCGCAUUACCCAUAGUAACAAAUCUAAUUAAAAAUGAUGAAAAGGAAAGUGACACAGAUUCUUCAGUAAAUAGAAGAACAAAGGAUUCAAUUUUAAAAAGAAUGUCUACAAUGGGACAAUCUGUUUUACCGUCAACUCACUUAAUCACAGCACAAACAAGUGAUUCAUCUGACACAAACGACUUACAAAGCCAACAUAAAGCUAGACAUAAACCACUUAAAAAUGCCAAUAAAAGAAACAUUGAAAAGAUUAAUCUAGAAGCAGAAAGCAAUAAUGAUUCACAAUUAAAAAGAAAUACAAUUAAGCAAUUAUCAUCUCCAGAAAGAAAUACAUUCCAAACAACUGAUCAAAUAGUGGGUGUUAAAAUAAUGGAUAUCAUAAAAAGUCCUGGUAAUAUUGUAUGUGAUGAAAAUGACAUGACACUGUUUAUAUCAGAACAAAGAGUAAGUAACAGUGAAUUACGAAUGAAUAUGAGCAGAAUCACAGAUAAAUUAGAUCUUAUGUUGAAUAAAGUCAGUUGUUUAGAAAACAUUGAUAAAAAUUACAUUAGCAAUAACACAUUUCACAUACAAAAUGAAAUUACAUAUAAGUUGUUAAAUGAAUAUGAAAAAAAAAUUAAAACCUAUGAAGAUUUCAUAAAAUCAAAAGGGUUUAACUGUGAUACAUUUGAACUUAUUAAUCAGUCUAGCAAAACAGAUAUAAAUUGUGAUUGUAAGCAAUUAUGUGAAGAAAAAGAUAGAGAAAUAAACAAACUUAAAGAUCAUAUACAAUUGAUUUCUUCAAAAUUAGAGGAAAGAGAACUUAUAAAUGAUGAAAGUAGUACGACGGGACAAAUAAAUGAUACGGUUAAACAGAAAGAUCGAAUUGAAGUAGCUCAAACUAAUGAGGAUGUCACACACAAACUUAAAAGUAUAAUGAAUGAAGCUUUCCAAACUAUAUCAAUAAAUUUUCAUAGUGACACACAAUAUACGGGUGCUAUUGUUAAAAGUACAGUGGCUUCAGUUAUUAAGAAAACAACAAUGGAUUAUCUAAAAGACCUUUAAAUAAAAAAAAUAUGGUGCUCAAUU